AUGAGUUUAGAAGAAAUAAAUUUAUUAGUUUCUCCAAGUAAUGAAGAUGUCAAAACAGUUGUAAAUUGGUUAAAAAGUAAUGAUAUUGGUAAAGAAGAAAUGAUGGUUCAUUCAGAUUUUAUUCAAUUAAGAAUAAAUGUUAUGAAAGCAUCAAAUUUAUUUGAAACGGAAUUCGCAUAUUAUCAAUCAAUAAGAAAUAGUUUAGAUCAAAGAAUUAGAAUUGUUGAAUCAGCAUCAAUUCCAAAGUAUUUAAAAAAUAAAAUUGAUUUUAUAUUAGGUUUAUCGGAUUUCAUUGAAGAUAAUAAAUUCUAUGAAACAAUGUUUAAAUCAAGAAUUGAUGUAAAGGAUUCAUUCGUUACAAUUACACCAUCAUUUAUUAAAUCCUAUUAUGGUAUACCUUUCAAUCAAGUUGGUGAAAAUGAAAAUAAUUCUAUUUCAGUUGCAUCUUUUAAUGAUUUCUAUUCCGCUGGCGCAUUAGGUUAUUUCGAUUCAGAAUAUAAUAUUGACUCAUCAAGUAUUAGAGUAAACAAUUCCGGACCUAAUUGUUUUGGAUUAAACUAUUGUGGCCAGGCAGAGAGUGAUUUAGAUAUUCAAUACAUUACAGCAAUUGGUAAUAAUAUAUCUACAUUAUUCCUUUCAUCUGGUAAUGGCGAAUGGGUUUUAGAUUGGGCAUCAUCGAUUCAAUUAUUUAAUCCAAUACCAAAGAUUGCAUCAAUAUCUUAUAGUUGGGCUGAAUUAGAACAGUGUCAAGCAACUUCAUUUUGUCCAACACUUGGUAUUGACUCCCAAAUUUAUAUCCAAAGAUCAAAUAUUGAAUUUCAAAAGAUUGGUUUACGUGGUACAACAAUAUUCGUUAGUAGUGGUGAUGAUGGUUCUACUUCUUUUUAUUCAACUUCAGGCAAUUGCCCAAUUGAUGGUUUAAAUCAUUAUUGUCCGCUCGGUGGUUGUAAUCAUACAAUAACUCAAUGCCCAUCAAUAACUAUAAUUCAAUCCAAUGGUUCACUUGCAAUUUUCCCAAAUGGUAUUGGGGCAAAUACAGGUAUUUUAUUUAGUAAUCAAAGUUUUGUUGAUGCAGUUAAUGAAUUUAUUAAAACUAAUUGGCAAUGUGAUUUGAGUAUUGAGGAAGAUUUUUCACAAAAUCCUCAUCUAUAUUCAAGUUGUUCGUGUGAAAAUUUAAUACCAACAAGUAAUGAUGAACUUGGAAUUAAAAUUAUAGGAUAUAGUUUUGAUGAAAAUGCAGGUUCACUAUUUUCACCACAAUAUCCAACAAGUUCACCAUAUGUUACAUCAGUUGGUGCAACUCAAAUUAUUACUAACCAACCAGAUGAAAUAGUAUGUUCAUCUUCCACUGGUGCAGCUGUAACGUCAGGUGGUGGUUUUGCAGUAACCCAAUCUCAACCAUAUUACCAAGUAGUUGCAGUUGCUAAAUAUCUUGAAACUGCUGAAAAUCUACCGCCAUCAUUUUCAUUUGAUCCAACUAAACGUGCAUAUCCUGAUAUCUCAUUGGUGGCUCAUAAAUAUUCUAUUGGUUAUUCAGCAAAUGAUUCAUCACUUGAUAGUUGUCCAUGUGGUUUAAUUAAUGUAGAUGGUACUUCUGCCUCAACACCUACAGUUGCUGGUAUUUUUGCAUUGAUAAAUGAUAAACUACUAUCAGCAGGAAAAUCACAAUUAGGUUUCUUAAAUCCAUUACUAUAUCAAGCUGCUCAGGAACAACCAAAUGUAUUUAAUGACAUUGUUACUGGUAAUAUAAAUUGUAAUAGAGCCUAUUGUUGCCAAUAUGGUUUCUCUGCUGCUGUUGGUUAUGACCCCGCUACUGAUCUAUUUUAA